AGAGAUGGAGAAUGUCAAUGGACAUUUUAAGUUCCAAAAUCACUAUGGUCGGGUGUUUGUCCAGUUGAAUGGCAACUGUAAGAUGUGGAGAUCUGAUGAAGUAUCUGAAGAUGGUGGCUGGUUAUCUGCAGAUGUUUUUGUUGAUAGCAUUGAGCAGCAAUGGCAUGCUAAUUUAAAAAUUGCCAAACUCUUUGCUCCGCUUUUUGAAAGGAUUUUAGGAAUUCCAAUUGCUUGGUCCAAAGGGAGAGCCACCGGUGAGGUUCAUAUUUGCAUGUCAAGGGGUGAAACAUUUCCUAAUAUUCAUGGCCAGCUUGAUGUUACAGGAUUAGCAUUUCAAAUCUUUGAUGCUCCAUCAUCAUUCCAUGACACUUCAGCAAGUUUAUGUUUUCGUGGUCAACGAGUAUUCUUACACAAUGCAAGUGGCUGGUUUGGCAAUGUUCCUUUAGAAGCUUCUGGAGAUUUUGGCAUUCAUCCAGAGGAAGGAGAGUUCCAUCUUAUGUGUCAGGUUCCUAGUGUAGAAGUAAAUGCCCUGAUGAAAACAUUUAAGAUGAGACCUUUUUUAUUUCCGUUAGCUGGUUCUGUAACUGCCGUAUUCAACUGUCAAGGUCCCCUGGAUGCUCCUAUAUUUGUGGGAAGUGGAAUGGUUUCCAGGAAGAUAUCUCAUCCAGUUUCAGAUGUCCCUAUAUCUGUUGCAUAUGAAGCAAUGUUGAAAAGCAAAGAGGCUGGUGCUGUGGCAGCAUUUGACCGUGUUCCAUUUUCAUAUCUGUCUGCUAAUUUCACAUUUAACACUGAUAAUUGUGUUGCUGACAUGUAUGGAAUUAGAGCUAGCCUUGUGGAUGGUGGUGAAAUUCGGGGGGCAGGGAAUGCUUGGAUUUGCCCCGAGGGUGAGGUGGAUGAUACGGCAAUGGAUAUAAAUUUCUCUGGGAAUUUGUUCUUUGAUAAGAUCAUGCAUCGAUAUUUUCCAGGUUAUCUUCAGCUGAUGCCACUAAAAUUAGGGGACCUGACAGGAGAAACAAAACUUUCGGGAUCCCUUCUGAGACCGAGGUUUGACAUCAAGUGGAUUGCACCAAAAGCUGAAGGAUCGUUUAGUGAUGCUCGAGGAGACAUCAUGAUAUCACAUGAUUACAUUACAGUGAAUUCUUCAUCCGUUGCUUUUGAAUUAUACACCAAAGUUCAAACUACUUAUUGUGACGACUGCUGGCUAGACAGAAAAGAGUUUGAUUCAAGGAGUGGCAUUCCAUUUACUGUUGAAGGAGUUGAAUUGGAUCUGCGUAUGCGUGGUUUCGAGUUCUUUAGCUUGGUCUCUUCUUAUCCUUUUGAUUCUCCAAGACCUUCACACCUCAAAGCAACUGGAAAAAUCAAAUUUCAGGGGAAGGUUGUGAAGCCUUCUACUGUUGCUAAUGACCAGGAUCUUCAUUUUGAGAAGAACACGUCCCAUGGGCAAAUAGAGGGGAACAAAGAAAGUCUUUUUGGUGAAGUUUCAGUAUCAGGUCUCAGAUUGAAUCAAUUGAUGCUGGCACCUCAAUUGGUCGGGCAGUUGGGCAUUUCACGGGACCGUAUCAAAUUGGAUGCCUUGGGUAGGCCAGAUGAAAGUCUUGCUGUUGAGGUUGUGGGGCCAUUACAACCUAGUGGUGAAGAAAACACACACAGUGGAAAACUGUUAUCUUUUUCCCUUCAGAAGGGGCAACUAAGAGUUAAUAUGUCUUUUCAACCUCUACAUUCUGCUACCUUGGAGGUUCGCCAUCUGCCACUGGAUGAAUUGGAGUUGGCUUCACUUCGGGGAACAGUACAAAGGGCAGAAAUUCAGCUUAAUCUUCAGAAAAGAAGAGGUCAUGGUGUGUUAUCUGUUCUUCGUCCGAAAUUUAGUGGUGUUCUUGGUGAAGCCUUAGAUGUGGCUGCUAGAUGGAGCGGAGAUGUUAUCAUUGUUGAGAAAACUGUUCUGGAGCAAAUCAAUAGCCGCUAUGAACUUCAAGGUGAAUAUGUGUUGCCUGGCACCCGAGAUAGGAACCUUGCUGGAAAAGAAAGAGAUGGUCUGUUCAAAAGGGCAAUGACUGGGCAACUAGGCAGUGUCAUUUCUUCUAUGGGAAGAUGGAGAAUGAGACUUGAAGUUCCUCGAGCUGAGGUUGCUGAGAUGCUUCCACUUGCAAGGCUUCUUUCUCGAAGUACAGAUCCCGCUGUUCUAUCUAGAUCAAAGGACCUUUUCAUUCAAAGUUUGCAGUCGAUAACAUUGUAUCCUGAAAGUCUUCAGGACUUGAUCGAGGUAAUUCGAGGACAUUAUACUCCAUCAAAUGAAGUCAUUUUGGAAGACAUAAGUCUUCCAGGUUUGUCUGAGCUUAAAGGUCGUUGGCAUGGUUCUCUUGAUGCUAGUGGUGGAGGAAAUGGGGACACAAUGGCAGAAUUUGAUUUGCAUGGUGAGGAUUGGGAAUGGGGAACCUACAAAAGUCAGCGUGUUCUAGCAGUUGGUGCAUACAGCAACAAUGAUGGUUUGCGUCUUGAGAGGAUAUUUAUCCAAAAGGAUAAUGCCACUAUACAUGCUGAUGGCACUUUGUUAGGGCCAAAAACCAAUCUUCAUUUUGCUGUUCUGAAUUUUCCUGUCAGCCUCGUCCCAACUGUGGUUCAGGUCAUUGAAUCUUCAGCUUCUGACAUGGUUCAUUCUCUGCGACAACUUUUAGCUCCAAUUCGAGGUAUAUUGCAUAUGGAAGGAGAUCUGAGAGGAAGUCUUGAAAAACCAGAAUGUGAUGUGCAAGUGAGGCUCUUGGAUGGUGCUAUUGGGGGCAUCGAUCUUGGACGAGCUGAAAUUGUUGCUUCCCUAACCUCUGCCAGUCGUUUUCUAUUCAAUGCCAAGUUUGAACCAAUCAUCCAAAAUGGUCAUGUACAUAUCCAAGGAAGUAUUCCCAUUAAUUUUGUGCAAAAUAACUCAUCGGAGGAAGAAAACAAAGAAGCAGAUAAAAAUGGAGCAACUUGGAUCCCUGGUUGGGUGAAGGAAAGGAGUAGAGAGUCUGCUGAUGAAGCCAGUGAGAAGAAACUUUUUAGAGAGAGAAAUGAUGAAGGUUGGAAUACUCAAUUAGCAGAAAGCUUAAAAGUCCUGAAUUGGAAUUUCUUAGAUGUGGGAGAAGUUAGGGUAGAUGCUGAUAUCAAGGAUGGGGGAAUGAUGUUGUUGACAGCUUUAUCUCCAUAUGUCAACUGGCUUAAUGGCAAUGCCGAUAUUAUGCUUGAGGUCAGAGGUACAGUUGAACAACCCGUGCUUGAUGGAUUUGCCUCCUUCCACAGAGCAUCUAUAUCUUCACCAGUACUCCGACAGCCACUUACAAAUUUUGGCGGGACAGUUCAUGUAAAAUCAAAUAGGCUAUGCAUCACUUUACUGGAGAGCCGGGUAAGCAGGAAGGGAAAGCUAUUUGUAAAAGGCAAUCUGCCCCUCAGAACAAGUGAAGGAUCUCUUGGUGAUAAAAUUGACUUAAAAUGUGAAUUCCUGGAAGUACGGGCAAAGAAUAUCUUGAGUGGCCAGGUUGACACUCAGUUGCAAAUAACUGGUUCUAUACUACAGCCAAAUAUCUCAGGAAAUAUUAAAUUGAGUCAUGGAGAAGCAUAUCUACCACAUGAUAAGGGUAGUGGAGGCGCUUCUUUUAAUAGAUUGGCAUCAAACCAGUCUAGCCUUCCAGGCCGGGGGCUCAAUCGAGCAGUUGCUUCUAGAUAUGUUUCUCGGUUUUUCAGUGCAGAACCUGCUGCUUCAAAGACCAAGUUCCCUCAAACUACUGUUAAAUCAACUGAAGUUGAAAAGGAUUUGGAGCAACUUAGCAUUAAACCGAAUGUAGAUGUUCGUCUAAGUGAUUUGAAGCUUGUGUUAGGACCAGAGUUAAGGAUAUUUUAUCCUCUGAUUCUAAACUUUGCCGUUAGUGGAGAACUUGAGCUAAAUGGCUUGGCUCAUCCAAAAUGGAUAAAACCUAAAGGUGUUCUAACAUUUGAAAAUGGUGAUGUCAAUCUUGUUGCUACUCAAGUAAGGCUUAAGCGGGAGCAUCUAAAUAUAGCAAAAUUUGAGCCCGAGUAUGGACUAGAUCCUAUGCUAGACUUAGCUUUGGUUGGAUCUGAGUGGCAAUUCAGGAUACAAAGCCGAGCCAGCAAUUGGCAAGACAAACUUGUGGUGACCUCAACACGUUCUGUGGAGCAGGAUGCUCUCUCACCUACUGAGGCUGCUAGAGUUUUUGAAAGCCAAUUAGCAGAGUCCAUAUUAGAGGGCGAUGGCCAGCUUGCAUUUAAAAAGCUUGCUACGGCAACACUUGAAACACUGAUGCCAAGAAUAGAAGGGAAGGGGGAGUUUGGUCAGGCUAGGUGGAGGCUAGUCUAUGCCCCACAAAUUCCUAGUUUACUUUCUAUGGAUCCUACCAUUGAUCCUCUUAAAUCGCUGGCCAAUAACAUCUCAUUUGGUACUGAAGUAGAGGUGCAGCUUGGGAAACAUCUUCAGGCCUCAAUUGUAAGGCAGAUGAAGGACUCGGAGAUGGCCAUGCAAUGGACUUUGAUCUAUCAGCUUACAAGCCGCUUGAGAGUGCUCCUGCAAUCUGCUCCUUCAAAACGCCUACUUUUUGAAUAUUCUGCUACAUCACAGGACUAAUUAAGCCUUUGCUACAAUUUUGCCAGCUAUUAUAAUUUGGAACAAGCAAGAUCUUUAACAGAGCAGCUGGCAGGCAUUCUCAUCAGUGCAUGAAUUGUCUGUUCAUAUCAAUUUUAGUACAAUCUAAUAGAAAGAGGAAAAGAUAUAGCAUGUAAAAUUAGAUGUAGAUAUUUCAUUAUUCUUUGCUCAAAAAUGAAUGAGCUUGUUCAUAUGUUUACUCCUUUUACGCUCUUCUACAAGGUGAAAUCAAAUUUAGAUGAUGAAAAUUUUCAAUAAAUAUCCCUGGCCAAUAGCAUUUGGUUUUAGUCUUCAA